CUCGUCGCCACUUGUUUAAGCUCUCUUUGUUGCAGCCUCGACUGAAGGCCGUUCGUGUGAGGUCGCAACUCGUUGUCACUCAUGGUGUACUAGUCUUUUAGACGGUUUGAAGGAGGCACCGCCGCCGCCAUGAACACCCGACAGGUCGUUCGAUGGCCGACGUCGUCCAACGCAAUGGGCAUCCAUUCAAAACAGCCUCAACCAUCGCGCCAAGAAUGAAGCCCACAGCGCGCAUACAAUGCCCCUACGCGACUGUGCUGCUGCUGGUGCAGGGCGCGCUACCUGUUCUCGGCCGAGCCUCGAUUUCACCAACACGUGCUAUGCGUGUAUGGAUGGGCGAGGCGGUUGUAUGUUGCACCUGCGUCCCACGUGCUGACUGUGGGUCGCAUGUUUACAAACGAAAUUAUCCAACCGGUCUCUCGGCUGGUCGGUGCGCGCGACCACAUGGUCCGUGGGCGAAUGCGGCGGUGGUUGUUGUGUCCAUGGGGUCAUUGUCUGGGCCCUCAAGACGUUUUGCAGUGAAAUGCGCUUGGUGCCUUUCGUCUCAUCAAAUCUGGCACCCAUCUGACCGUGUGACGGGGAUUGCCCCUAUUACGGCGCUUACGGGCCUCCCAGCUUAUUGUACACCCCAAGGGCCUCGGGGAGUUGGCGAUUGACUGGUUCCUUGCUGAACCGUCAUGUUGACGACCUGCUUUGGACAAAAACGCCGCGGAUAACCUGCAAAGGGGCGGUCCCGACGGACGAAAAACCGUGCGUGCCUUGAUGUGCAAAUAUACUUUAUAUUUGAUCGCAUGGCACGGGCCUUGCACCACCUGAAGAGUUUGACCCGACGAUGGCCCUACCGAAAUGUAUCAUUGUGGUAUUCGAUCACAUUGUCGCGGGAACUACAGCAAGUGGUGCCGCCGGUAGCAACUUCGCCGUGCUAGUCGCCUGCGCGUGCAUUGCGAACGUGGCCCGGACCUGGAUGAGGAUUUGACGUCCCCCAUUGCGACGAAGGUGGUUGCAUGGAAUCCACCAACGAUUUACGUUGACUCGACGAGGUGUGCGGCAAGUGCUGGUGAAGUGGAUGAUUUUGCGUUGUUGGAAAUGACGUGUAGUGAUGUACGACGAAUUGCACAACCCCAACAACACGAAGACGUGGAGCGCGCGUAUACCGUUGCAGAGGCGACGUGUUGUCGGCCGAGCCUCGAUUCCGCCCACACGUGCUUUGAGUGUGUGUUGCAUAUUGAUGGGCGAGACGGUCGGAUGUAGCUCGCGGCAUGGUCUCAGUAAAGUGCAACUGCAUUCCAUUGUCGUCGACCGCCAUGGG